CUCACAAACAAAAGGAACCAGGAACACAAGUCGUUAGUCUUGAGUGAGAUCACCUCAUCGAGACCGUAUAUAUUCUGUAACUAUACCUGUUCUUCCUAACAGUUAUCACUAUUCAAAUAUCCAUCGAACACAACAAUUGAACAACUACAAAAUGGCUUCUCCGAAGAUCAUCCUCUACACCUAUCACGGAUGCCCUUUCGCGCACAGGGCUCAUAUUGCCCUGAAGGAGACAGGCCUUGACUACGAAGAGGUCAUUGUCGACAUCAAGAAGCCUCGUGAGCCCUGGUAUCUUGAGAUCAACCCGCGCGGCCUCGUCCCUGCUAUCUCCUACAACGGCGAGAUUCUUAUCGAAUCGGCCAUUGUCGCGCAGUUCAUCGCUGAUGCCCACCCCUCUCAUCUCCUCCCCCCGUCAGGCCCUGCAGAGAACGCUCUUUACCGCGCGCGGGUGAGCCUCUUCGCCGACACCUUCAGCAGCAAGGUCAUGCCGAAUGUGAUGGCUGGUGUCAGAGCUGCUUCGCAGGAGGAGCGUGAAGCAGCCGGUGAUGCGUUGGUUGAAGCUGUGGCCAAGGAGAUUGAGCCGUUGUUAAACAAUGAAGGCAAGGGGCCUUUCUUUGGCGGGAGUGAGAAGUUGACGUUUGCCGAGGUCCUUACCGGUUCAUUCCUACUCCGAAUCCUGGCUUUUACGAAGCCGGAACAUAACCUGAACAGCACCAGAGUCCCGGCCUUGCUGAAGGAAAAGGCACCCAAGUUCUUGCGCUGGGCGGAGGCCACUGUUGCUCAAGAGAGCGUCAACUACAUCUGGAAUGAGCAGGCAGUGGUGGAACACUCGCGGGCCAAGUUUGCGCAUAAGCCGUGAUGUAGUACUCCAUACGGAGAACAAGUAUAAUAAUAGGCAAUUGAUAUAGGGCCAUAUCCCUGUUCUAAAUAAAUGAUUGCAGCCUGACGUGAUGCUCGAAUCGCCGCGUGUUAGGGAAAGCCGAGUUCCAU